UUGCUUUAUAACUAGACAUAAACCAUGAUUGAAGUAGCCCAUCUAUACAAAAUCAAAGUAUCUGGAGUGAAAACUCACCAAUAUCAAUGGAGGAGGUGCAAAACCAUGCAAACCAUACUCUGCUUCCAUCUCUCUUCUUCUUCUUCCUUCUUCAGCAUCUAUCAUCAGCAUCCACUCCUGAUAAUUAUUUUAUCGACUGUGGAUCUGAAAUAAAUAGAACCUUUGGAUCCCGGAAUUUCGUAGGAGAUGCCCAACCACCCUCCAUCAUGUACACUGUCUUAGAAAGUGGCGAAUACCAAGCCAUCGAACCACACCAGCCCUCUUACAAGUUCAUCUUCUCUUCUUCGACUUCCACCGUUGCUCUCGUGGAUGAAAACCCAUCUCCGCAUUCACCAUUUAUCUACCAUGCAGCUAGAAUUUUCAGAAGACCAUCUUCUUACAAGUUCGAGAUCAAAGCCCAAGGUCUCCAUGUGGUACGCCUCCAUUUCUUCCCUUUCACAACUCAGGAAUAUGAUUUCACCUCUGCUGUCUUCAAUGUUUCAGUUCUUGGGUUCUCUUUAUUAAGCCAUUUCAGCGUCCAAAACAAUAACAAUGGUGCUGUGAUAAAGGAGUAUUUUCUUAGUGUAAAUAGUACGGAACUUAUAAUCUCCUUUUCGCCUUCUGAUGAAAUAUCACAUCUUGCAUUUGUUAAUGCCAUUGAAGUAUUUUCUGCACCUGACAACCUCAUCACUGACACCGCCAAUUUCAUCGAAUCCACUGGAAUCAAGAAUUAUAACAGCCUAUUAGGACAGGUCUUAGAGACUGUAUAUAGGAUCAAUGUCGGAGGUCCUGAAGUCGCAUCUUCCGACGACACUCUAUGGAGAAGUUGGAUUCCUGAUGAGAAGUUCUUGAAAUUAAAGUCUUCUGUGAAGCAGGCCAUCACUCGGAGAGUCCCAAAUUAUCAGGAAGAAGAGAGCCCUCACAGUGCUCCGCUGGCUGUUUAUGAUUCGGCGCAAGAGAUGAAUAUUAAUGGGAGUUCUGUUGAAUUGCCAAAUUUCAACCUGACAUGGGCCUUCCCAGUGGAUUCUGGCUUUAAAUACCUUGUUCGGUUGCAUUUUUGUGACAUCGUAAGCUUCAGACUCAAUGAGCUAUACUUCAAUGUCUAUAUCAAUGACCACUUUGCUUGGAAAGAUCUCAAUCUCUCUGAUCUAACAAAUCAAGUGCUGGCUGCCCCUUACUAUACAGAUUUUAUUGCAGACUCGAACUCAGGGCUAAUGCAAAUAAGCGUUGGUCCUUCAGAGAAGAGCAAUCCUUCGAAGCGCAAUGCAAUAUUAAAUGGGGUGGAAAUCAUGAAGAUGAAGGGUGUAAUUGGUUCUUCGUCCACAGGAAAGUUGAAGAAACGCAUCACUCUUGUGACUGGCAUAACGAUAGGAGGCUUUUCUUUCGUUUGCGUGUUGAUAGUAGCAUUCCUACUGGUAUUUAAACAGAGGAGGAAGGCCAAAGCUAAAGAUGCAUCUCCAGGCCAAUUUGCAAAUGCCAGCCGAAAGAUAUCGCUCGUUGAAAUACAAUUGGCGACUAGCAAUUUCGAUGAGAAUUCGGUCAUUGGACGGGGCGGAUUCGGCAUUGUCUACAAGGGGGUGCUCACGAACGGGAUGAAAGUAGCCGUGAAACGAAGCACGCCUGGGUCUAGACAGGGUCAUUCAGAAUUCCUGACUGAGAUCAAGAUCUUCGCCAAGAUACGCCACCGCCAUCUCCUCUCCCUUAUUGGGUAUUGUGAAGAACAAUCAGAGAUGAUAUUGGUCUAUGAAUUCAUGGAAAACGGUACACUACAAGAUCAUCUGUAUGGUUUGGAAUGUUUGCCUCAGUUGUCUUGGAGACAGAGGCUUAUGAUAUGCAUUGGUUCAGCAAGAGGUCUGCACUACCUCCACAGCGGUCCUGCGGAGGGAAUCAUUCACCGUGACAUUAAAUCAGCGAACAUUUUGCUGGACAAGAACUACUUAGCAAAGGUUGCUGACUUUGGAAUUUCAAGAUCAAUCCAUGAUCUUGAUCAGUCCCAUGUGACAACCAACGUCAAAGGUAGUUUUGGGUACUUCGAUCCGGAGUAUUUUCGAUGGCGGCAUCUGACAAAAAAGUCAGAUGUGUUUUCAUUUGGGGUAGUGCUCCUUGAAGUCCUCUGUGCAAGGCCAGCAGUCGAUCUUUCACUUCCAUUCGAACAGGUGAAUUUAGCGAAUUGGGCUAUGCAGUGGCAAAAGGAGGGAUUGCUGGAGCAAGUUGUUGAUUCCCGCCUGAUUGAGGAGAUCAAUGAAGAUUCACUGAGGAAAUUCGGAGAGACAGUGGAGAGAUGCCUAGCUGAAUGUGGUGAUGAUAGGCCUACAAUGGGAGAUGUGUUGUGGAACUUGGAAUGUGUACUGCGACUCCAAGAUAUGACUGCGGAUGCAGAGCCUAUUAGAUUGUAAUAUAUUUUGAGAUCUAAUAUUAAGAUCAAUCAAUUAAUAUUAGAAUGUAAUAGAUAUUGAUUGAUCUUAAUUAGAUCUAAAAAAUUGUAAUUCUCAUUAUGAUCUGUAAUUAGCUAUUAUAGAGCUGGGUCUCUACUCAUGGCUCAAUGGUAGACUCACAAGAGUUUCAACA